GGAACACCAGAAGUAGGAUGAGCUACACAGGCUUAGCAUUUGCAAGUGUUUUGCAAAGUACAACCCCCUGCUCCAGGAUAUUACCUCUCACCCUGGGAGAGAAUGCUGGCAAAGCGUUUUUACCCCAUGGAAAGCACUCCUCAGACUGUCAAACUUUGAGAGAGUAUUCAUUUCAACAAUCUGGAUGUAAUGCAUAACUUGAACCUAAAAUACAUUGACAACAGAGUAACUAUAGAUAAGGAGAUCUGGUUUCUUCACUGAAGAGCUUGGAAUCUGUUAAAAAGCCCCAAAGAAAGUGUUCUCCAGAGUCCAGGCACGAGCAGAUCUUCACCAGCUCACUGAAAGCUGCACACAUUGUUCUGGGCAGGAAUGGAGACUUUGCAGGCUGCUUUUUUUCUGUUUGUGUUUGUACCUUUGGUAAAUCCAGCACCACCUCUACAGCAAGAAUCACUCCAGUUUUAUGAGUAUGAUACAGAUGUUUCCAUGGGAAGCCUGACACAAGAUCAUGAAAUGCAAUCCAAGGACAUAAGAAAGGAUGGAGCAAACGUUUCUCUUGACACCUCCCUAAUGCUGCAAAGCGAUGACAGCCAACUCGAUGUCCCACCAACAAAGGACACAAACCUGCCCACGUGCCUGCUGUGCGUGUGCCUGAGCGGCUCGGUGUACUGCGAGGAGAUCGACAUCGAGGCCGUGCCGCCGCUGCCCAAGGAGACCGCGUACCUCUACGCGCGCUUCAACAAGAUCAAGAGGAUCGCGGCCUCCGACUUCGCCGACAUCACUACCUUGAGAAGAAUUGAUUUUAGUGGAAAUAGGAUCGAAGAAAUAGAAGAUGGAGCCUUUUCAAAGCUUCUGCUGUUGGAAGAACUUUCUCUUGCUGAAAAUCGACUUGUAAAACUUCCUGUUCUACCUCCCAAACUAACAACAUUUAAUGCAAACCAAAACAGAAUCAAAAGCAGAGGUAUCAAAGCAAAUGCUUUCAAGAAGCUCACAAAUUUGGCCUACCUCUACUUAGGACACAACGCACUGGAAUCUGUUCCCCUGAACUUACCGGAGAGUCUGCGCAUUCUCCACCUUCAGUACAACAACAUCACCAGCAUCACGGACGACACGUUCUGCAAGUCCAACAACACGCGCUACAUCCGCACGCGCAUGGACGAGAUCCGCAUGGAGGGCAACCCCAUCGUGCUGGGCAAGCACGCCAACGCCUUCUCCUGCCUGAGGAUGCUGCCCGUGGGCACCUACUACUAGCCCUGCUCCUGUCCUGCACGUGCCAGACCAGGCAUGGCAACGAGGAUCACUUCUCCUCUGUUUACAAGUCCAUAGCCUCUCCCUUACUAAUGCUCUUCUCCCUGCAGACCCAGCGCCUUGUGCUACCUUGCACGGUUCUGCUCUGAAAUCACCAUUUCAAACUUGUCACACUUCAGUAGUUACAGUAUCCCUCGUGCUGCCAGAAUCUUUUCUGUUAAUGAAAGCGUAAAAAUAUACACAUAUGCACACCCACCAACUCAGCUUUUAUUUCACUACAUACUCUUUAGGUAAAAUCACACAGAGCUGCUUGUUCUCAUUCUUUACCAGCACUCAGAACAAUCACCACAUUCUACUUUCAGAUAAAUCCAAGAUUUUCUUUGACCAAGCUAAAAAGGAAAAAUACUUUUGAAUUCCAAUCCCGCUCUUUUAAUCUGCAGUGAAAUCUUUUCAGUUGACCUUCAAAGAUGUAUUGGAUGAAGAUGCAUAUGAAAGAGUUAUGUUCAGAAACAGAACUUCUCAAAGCUUAAAUUCAUUAAUGUUUCCUUAAAAAUUUGAUUUGUGGUAGAUGAGAAUAACUCCUAUUUAGGUUUAGUACGCCAAGCAACACAGCAACUGGAACUCUGCAAAGAUGUUUUAGAUUUCCUUCUACUAUUUUGCUUCAAAAAUAACAUGUGUUUUAUUUUUACACAAUGUACUUUUAAAUGAAAUAUAUAUGUUUUGCUGAGCUGUUCUCACAAGAGCUGUUUUUGCAACACCAGCUUCCCAUUUUAAAACAACAGUCUGUGUACAGCAGAAUGGACUCAAGUGUCUGAGUUAUUAACUAAUGAUGUAGACCAAGCCCUGGUUCCACAGCUUCUCCUGGCAGGAGAUGUGACAAUAUAGCCAAGAGCAGAGCUGAAUUCAUGUGUUUACUUGUAAAUAACUAUGAUUUAAUGUAGAUGUCAGAGCAAAGAAAGAGAAAUACCCUUCCACAACAAUCUGAUCAUCAGGGAAAAAUCAAAGCAGAUUUUUAAAUUAGAAAGAAAAGUUGAUUCCAUCACUGAUCUGAAAUCAGAGGUGACUUCAAGCAUUGCUUGAACCUGUGCAGUGUAUUAAGACCACAAAUCAACAUGUACAGGCCUUGGUACCCAGUUAAUCUAAACUGGCCAUCACUGAUCAAGGGCACAAUGUGUAAUUCCACAACUGUCCACUCCAGUUUCUCCCCUCAAACACUGUUACAGAUGUAAAGCCUCCAGACAAAUGAAUGCCAAAGGUGUGCUAGUUACUAUUACCACAUCAACUUUGUACUAAUUUUGAAGCUAGUGUAGAUUCCUAAUUCGUAGAAAUAGUUAAGCAUCAAAUGCAUGAUGAUGUAUCACUACAUCUAGAAUACUAAUUUUACAAGAUAUUUUGUAUUAGUUUUAUUUAUCUUAUUUAGCUAAGCCUUGAUUUGUUAGUGCUUGUGCCUUGGGGAAUUAAUGCCCACUUAAUUCUGAACACAUAUUUUUGCACUGAACCCAUUAUCCAACAAAUACAGCAACUCCCAAUAUUUUCCAUUUUAAGUUAUUUGGUGUAACAAAAAGGAAAUUCCAUUAUCUUAAUUGAGAACAAAACCAAGUCUGGCAGCAACAUUUGGUUUUCAUUUUUCCACAUAAAUCAUAAAACUUUGAUGUUCCCAGGUUUUCGGCAAAAUGUAAAAAACAACUCCAAUGAAUGUAAAAAUACAUUCUAAUGUCAAGCCAAAUUUGUAUCUGGAAAAAAUUAAACCCAUCAAUUCUCUCAUGUCUCUUGUGAUAAACACCUAAGAUGGAAAAAACACAGUUGUAAAUGUAAUAAUGUUACAUAAGCAGCAGCCUCUGAUCUUCUCAUCACAAAUCAUUGCUACUAAAACUCUUCCCAGUAUUAACAGGAUGAGUAUAUACCACCAAAAAUGUGUAUACACAAAUAAAUGCAUAUUUUUGUAAUAUAUACACACAUGUAAACAUUCUAAGACCUACCCACUACCACCCAAUAAAUUUUACAUUAAAAUGUUGUGUAUAUUUUUGAAAUGUACUAAUUAUCAUCAGUAAUGCUAAUUAAUACUAAUUAAUGAGCAAACCAAAGCAGACACGUGGUACCUUCUGAAUGCCUCAUGCAGGCACUAAGUUCUCUGAUGUGUUUUACUUCACUUUCCCCAUUCACAGCAAGUUAAUCAAAACCAUCAAGUGAGAGAGGCUUCAGCAGGGAGCGUUUACACCUCCUAUUUGUGUGACCAGUACUAAUAUCAAGCUGAAUGUAAACGGUUCUGUUUUUUCCUGUAACUCAUUUCUGUUCUGUAUUUCCAAUAAAACUUGAAUUUUUGUUCUUGUUUAUCACUA